AUGGCCACAUCCGGUUAUACAGAAAAUAAUUUUUCCUCCAGUUUUUCCAUCGAUGAGAGUAUUGUGAAUGAAGUAGAAGUUUUGGAGGAGAUAUACUUGGAUGACAUCAAAAUAGAGAAGGCUGAUACAGAAAAUGGUCUGCCCUGUACUAUCAAUGUUAUUCUGCACCCUGCGACUGGCGAUGACAUCAGUGCUAAAUAUGUUUGCCUGACAUUGUGCAUAAGUCUAUCUGAAUCGUACCCACACAUUGCUCCCAACAUCACUGUGAAGAAUCCAAGAGGUCUUGGAGAUGAUGACCUUAUACAAAUAUCUACAAGUCUGUCAAGCCUUGCAAAUGAAAGGCUGGGAGAGCCAAUGCUGUAUGAGUUGAUCGAGCUUGCCAAGGAAUGCCUAACAGCAGAGAAUCUUCCAAAAUGUCACUGUGCAAUCUGCCUGGAAGAUUUCUCAGAGGGAGAUUCCUUCAUAAAGACCCCUUGUUACCACUACUUCCACAAAUCCUGUCUGGCCAGGUAUAUACAGCACUCAUUGGCUGAGAUUGAGACCUCCAAGAAAGAACAAGAAAAAGCCUGUUCUCACUUGACCACAGAAGAAAAAUAUGUUGUUUGUGCUGUAUGUAGGGAGCCUUUUCCUGAUGACAUCAUUUCCAGCCUUCAGCAUGAAACUAAUCCAUCUAGUGAGGAGUUUGUGUACCAACCAUCAGAAGACAUCAGAAAAUUACAAGAAAAGAUGGCAGCACUGAAAACUAAGCAGUUUGAAAAGGGUGGCAUCAUAGAUAUAAAUGAAGAGAAGAACAGAUUUCUUAUCACUGAGGACACAACCAUUGAUGUUCCCAAAAUAGAAGUCAACAUUCAUGAGCCACCACAAGAGAGUUCUGAACCCAAAAAUCAGCAUCACCAUAGCAACCAUAGAAAUAAACACAAAGGACAGAGAGGUAGACAUAACAGAAAUCCAGAACAUUCCAAACAAUCUGGAGUUGAUAAAGUGAAAAGCAAUGACACUAUUGAUAAACACCCAAGGAGAACUGAAAGGCUCAAACGAGAGAAAGAAGAAAAGGAGAAACUGGAAAAGGAGCAUAGAGGAACAUCUGGCAGGGAAAAAGUUAACUCCUCAGGGAGGGGUACGGAUAAGUCUGGAAAGGAAUAUGAGUCAGGAUUUAAAAGCAAAGGUAAAUCAAAUAAAGGAGACACAUCCAAGGAAUACAAGGGUAAAACAACAACUCAAGAAAGCUCACACAAAACAACAGAUCAGGGUACCUCACCUCAAAAAGCAACUGAAGAAUUAAAACCUCAUAUUUCAAAACAAGCUGAAAAUAAAGAUGCACAAAAUGAGCUUGAAAACUCAGGUACUCCAGGAAUUGUCUUUCACCAUAAAAAGGAAGACUCAGAUAGUAAGAGGAACGAAUCAAGUGUAAAUUCAAGUGCAAUGAAACCUCCAGAUGACAAAUUCAAGAUACCCAACGAUAAUGGAAGUCAGAAUCAAAAGAACCAUGUAAGGCCAAGACAUAACUACAGUGCAAGGAAUCAUCAUAAUAGGGAAGACCGGCAUUUUUAUUAUGAAAAAUUUUCAAAUAAGUCAAAUAAUGAAAAAUCUUUUCAAAGCAGUAAUUCAGAAAAGUCAUAUAAAAGACCAAAAUCAGGUGAACUUGAAAAACCACACGAAAGACCAAAAUCAGAGAAAUCUAAUGAAAAAUCAAAAUCAGGUGAAAAACCACGUGAGAAACCAUAUGAAAGACCCAGACCAAGUCAUAAAUCAUAUUAUAAUGAAGAUACCAAAGGAAGACAAAAAUCUAGAGGAAAAACAUAUGAAACUUCAAAAUCUAGAAGUGCUGAUGAUCAACAGAAACCAAGAGUUGAAAUAACUGAAAAUGACAAAUCAUUUGAAAAAUUGAAAGCGAAGGAUGGAUCGAAUCUGUCAUCAGAUGGUUUUCUUGUAAAGUUGGAAAAAGGAGAACCCAAAAAUUGUGAUAGUCAAGGCACAAGUGUGGACAACACAGACACUGAUAAUAAUCACCAUGACAAAGGUACAGGAGUUAUGAGACCACCACCUGGUUUUGUGUGCACGCCACGAGGUCGAGGUAGAGGCCACCCACCACACAGAGGUCAAGGUCACUAUAGAGGGAAAGGUCAAGGCUCAAAAUAUGACAAAGGUCAAAGUCAUGAAAAAGAUCAUAGUCAUGAAAAAGGCCAAAACUAUAACAAAGGUCAAAUUCAUAAAACUACAAAAACUCAAAAUAAUGACAAAGGCCAUGAAAAAGGUGAAGGUCACCAUAAAGAUAUGAAAACACAAAGAAAUAAUGGGGAAAUGUCAAAAAAUGUGGACAAUAGCUGA